GGGGUGGAAGUCUAAGUGGUGAGAAGUGGAACUGUCACUCAGUUGUGCACUUGACACCAUGGUUAACACACGUAGUGGGACGAGCACCACCCCAUACACGAAAGAGAAGGAAGAGAGGGGCGCCGCCAUAUUGAAGGCGAGAAAGGAGAAGGAGGAGGCCAAAAAGCAGGUCCUGUUGGAAGCGCAGGCGGCAAAGAAGAAGAAGCUUGAAGAAGAGAUGGAGAGGUUGAAGAGAGAAGAGGAGGAGAAGCUUAAAGAAGUAGAAGAAGAAGACGAAGAGGAGAUGCCCCUGGUGAGGACUGUGAGAAGAGAGGAAAGGGGGGAUUCCAGUGGGGUUAUUGAAGACGAGAAGAAACUGGAGAAGAUGGUGUCGGAGUGGGUCGCUAACUUUUCCCUGGGGGAAGAUGAAGAAGCCUUGAUGCACAUCCCCUAGGAUGAGAGGGAUGUUGCUGCGGCAGAGAUAAAGGCCCUGAGAGACC